UUCAGCCGGGCUCCGCUGGGCGCUGUCUUUCUUGGCUCAGACGGUGUCGGCCUGUCCCGCUUCCUCUCGGCCCCUCACUCCCGGCGGCUGACGACGUCGGCGGCGGCUGCGGCGGGCGGAGCCUGGCGUUUCGAGGCCGAGCGGCGCCGGGGUGAGGGGCGCGGAGGAGGAGGAGGAGGAGCCCGAGCAGGAGGAGGAGCCGUGCGCCCGGGCACCGAGCGGCCGCGGCCAUGGCGGACGCCUAUCUCUUCAAGUACAUUAUCAUCGGCGACACAGGUGUUGGUAAAUCAUGCUUAUUGCUACAGUUUACAGACAAGAGGUUUCAGCCAGUACAUGACCUUACUAUUGGUGUAGAGUUCGGUGCUCGAAUGAUAACCAUUGAUGGGAAACAGAUAAAACUUCAGAUUUGGGAUACAGCAGGGCAAGAGUCCUUUCGUUCCAUCACAAGGUCAUAUUACAGAGGUGCAGCAGGAGCUUUACUAGUGUAUGAUAUUACAAGAAGAGACGCAUUCAACCACUUUACAACCUGGUUAGAAGAUGCCCGCCAGCAUUCCAAUUCCAACAUGGUCAUUAUGCUUAUUGGAAAUAAAAGUGAUUUAGAAUCUAGAAGAGAAGUAAAAAGAGAAGAAGGUGAAGCUUUUGCACGAGAACAUGGACUUAUCUUCAUGGAAACUUCGGCUAAGACUGUUUCUAAUGUAGAAGAGGCAUUUAUUAAUACAGCAAAAGAAAUUUAUGAAAAAAUCCAAGAAGGAGUCUUUGACAUUAAUAAUGAGGCAAAUGGCAUUAAAAUUGGCCCUCAGCAUGCUGCUACUAACGCCACGCACGCAGGCAAUCAGGGAGGACAGCAGGCCCGUGGGUGCUGCUGUUGAGUAUGCUUUUACUGUCUCGCUGCCCAGAAGGGGCUCCUCACCUACUCUUUCACCCUCUCCUCCUGCUCAGCUGAGACAUGAAACUCUUCCAAAUGACUUUAUGUCACAGAAGAAGACUUUAUUCCUUCAGAUUCUUGUAUAACUUUGAAUAAAUGGUUAAUGUUCACUUAAAAACACAGAUUUUGGAGAUUGUAUUCAUAUCUAUUUGCAUUUGAUUUCUAGGUCAAUUGAUGUGACUAUUUUUGUUAAAUGUUGUCUUGUGCCCUUACCUACGAACUGAAUUGUAUUGAACACUACAAAGUCAUCUUGAGUAUUUUAAAUCGGUUUGUGUAGUUAGGUUUCCCCACACCUGUGGUUACCUAAUGUUUAAUAUUAUAGAACUGUCCUCAAAAGUUUGUCAAUUUUCAAGGCUAUAAGGAAAACCAAAGGACUCUUUUAAUUCUGUAUUUAUCAUUUACUUUCUGUAUAUAUAGUUUAAUAACCUGCUUGGGUGUAAUUUGCCAAGCUUGAAUUCUUUAAUGCAUUUGCAUAAAUUCUGUAC